AUGACGAAGGGAGGGCGCUGCCAGAAUCGCCCAAAAACUUUUGAAAGGACCCUUGACCCUACCCACCCGACCCCUGACCUUACGACCCUGACCCUACAGACCCCUGACCCCUACAGGACCCAUGACGUGACCCCUCAGACCCUGAUCCCACAGACACCUGUCCCCACGACCCUGAUCCCACAGGUCCCUGAUCCCAACGACCCGGAUCCCACAGACCCUGAUCCACGGACCCUGAUCCUACAGACCCUGACCCCACCAGACCCUGACCCUUACCAGACCCUGACCCCUGACCCCUGA